AUGGGAAAACUUGAACUGUUGAUUGUGCAUGCCAAUAAAGGCUCACAAAAAGUUCGCGAUGUGGGAUGGACGACGACUUCAGAAAUCGAUGCCGAAAAAAGUAGUGUUUCAAGCGAAGAGCUCCCGUAUGAAGAGACUCACGAGGAAAGAGUACGACGAAAGACACUCGAACAGGAAGAUAUUGUACGUAAGGUAACACUUGCUGAAGUACCACAGGCAAAACCGCGUUUGGUACGUCGAUAUAUUGUUAUGUGUCUGUUGAUUGGACUAUGCACUUUGAUCGCACUGCUCACCGACGACGUAUUGAUUUUGGCUGAAAUCACUGGUAGUUACCCAGGUGUGAUGGUACAGAACGUCAUUCCAUCACUGAUUGCGAUAUUUGGAAGAAGGCAAGUCUCAUCAGCGUUUUUGCUAUCUCUCUCAUGA